GAUGCAUGCACAGAAGGUAUAAACUGUCGAAAAGUAGGAAGGAAAUAGUUGCUGUAAUUCUCUUUCGAAUCUUCUAGAAAAACCCAGGUACUUCUUUGAUAGAACCUUCAAAUAGCAGGUAUUUGGCUUCGAACCUCUCAGUUCUUUCUGAUCACUGCAAUCCUUUCGGCAGGUCGUGAGCGAAACUGAGAACAACAAAAAAAUAUGUCUUGUGGGAGCUCGGAGACGCGCGCUAGCUGCUGUGGUGGCGGCAGCUCCAGUCAGGAUCAGAUCAACCCCAAUUCGGCCACAGAAGUGUACGACAGCGUCAAGGAUUAUUACGGCAAGCGGCUUCAGGGUAGCGAUGAUCUGAAGACGUCCGCCUGUACCACUGGCGCAUCGGCCAUGCCCAGAUACAUUCGCCAAGCCAUUGCUGAAGUGCAUGAUGAGGUGGUGAAGCGCUACUACGGCUGCGGACUAGUGGUACCGCAGCUUCUGCAAGACGCUCACGUACUGGACCUGGGCAGUGGUGCUGGUCGUGACUGCUUUGUGGUGAGCAAGCUGGUGGGUGAGAAGGGUAAAGUAGUCGGUGUGGAUAUGACGGAGGAGCAGCUGCAGGUAGCAAGACAGCACAUUGAGUAUCACCGAGACAAGUUCGGCCUUUCCAAGAGCAACGUAGAGUUCCGACAUGGCUACAUUGAGAAGCUUGGCGAGGCCGGGUUGGAGGACGGAACGUUUGAUGUCAUCAUGUCCAACUGUGUCAUCAACCUGGUGCCGGACAAGGAGGCUGUUUUGAGAGAGUCGUACCGCGUGCUCCGCGACGGCGGGGAGCUGUAUUUCAGCGAUGUGUACUCAUCAGCUAUCGUUCCGGAUGAUCUUCGCAAGGACGCCGUGCUCUGGGGUGAGUGCAUCUCCGGCGCACUGUACUGGGAAGACCUAAUCUCUCUGGCCAAGAAAGUCGGCUUCGCCACACCACGGCUGGUACGUGCUGCACCAAUCGAUAUGAACACAGAGGAGAUGCAGGCAAAGCUAGGUGAUCUGCGCUUCGUGUCGGCCACGUAUCGUCUAGUUAAGGUGCCAGUGUCGGAGCAGGAGGCCAAGUCUCAGAAGGUCACCUACAACGGCGGCGCGCUGAACAACCCUGAUGAGCUGGAGUUUGACCAGACCGUCUCCUUUCCGGCGCAGACGGCGGUCACCGUGUCGGCCGCCGUCACGGCGAUCCUGCGUUCGUCCCGCUUUGCUCGCUACCUGUCCUUUGCGGACGCGCCGUGCUGCGCGCCGACUCCGGCUGAUCCCGAUCUGAACCCGUUUGUCCUGUCUGAUCGUACCCCCGCUGCGGCUGCGUCGGGUGGCGGCUGCUGUGGUGGUGGUACUGGCAGUAGUACUGACAAGGACAGCACCGGCUGCGGCCCGCCAGCUAAGAAGUCAUGCUGCUAGUUUCAGUCCUGGUACAUGUAGUGAGCGGUCGCAAGUAACACUAUCGGAUUUCUCCCAGCAGUCUUCACUGACAAGAUAACACUUCAGAAGCGUGUUCAUAUUAUGAAGCGUGUGAACCGUCGGUAUAGCGGCGUAUGGCUUCCCUCUUCCUUGAAAUAGUGUGAUAUUUCGAUGCGUUAGUGAACGGCGUGAAGACGCAACUUUUUUAAAUUGUACACACGUGUGUGCGAGAAAAUCAAACUCAUACCCUUAUUAUUGAUAAUUUAUAAUAUAUUCCUGGUGCUGUGAAGAAAUCUAGUUUAGUGAGUGUCAUGCCGUGCGUGUCAUUUACACAUUUGACGAAAUGCGAAUACUGCAACUUUCAUACGAUACCAUUAUGUAAUUUAUGUGUGUGGUAUGAACUAGCUAGAAGAGAUCCACUUUUGGGUGCCGGCGGCCAUUUGUUUCUCUCACAACAUUGAAGUAUCUUUGUAUGUUUUUGUUUUUUAGGUUUUGAAGUGUGCACUGUUAGUACUCUUUAGUAGCCUAUGGCUUGUAGAACUUUUACUGUUGGUUUGUACCACUUUCCCCUUCCACAUUACAUUAGCCUUGGUGGUUCUAAUCGAAUACUACUGUGUCGGCCACGGAGCUCUUGCAACA